AUGGACAAGGGCCAUUUCCUCAAUGAUAUCCUUGGCCUCGAGGACGAGUUUUAUGCCGAAGGAUACACAUUAGGGACGCUUGAUGGAACAAAGGCUGGCUACAACGAGGGUUGCGUUUUCGCAGUCGAAAAUGGUUUUGAAAAGUUCCAGGCUCUAGGUAGACUCUACGGGAAAGGGAUAGUAUGGGCUAAGCGUCUGUCAAACCAACAGGAGGUGUUGCAAAGCACCCCUGAGCUAGCAAUCAAUAACGAUGACGACGCGCAAACUGAGUCCAGGAUAAAGACAGUGGCAUCGGACAUAAAACCCAUCCCGGCACAAGAAGUCCCCAGCCUUCCUCAUAACCCACGGCUGGAGAAACAUAUUACGACUUUCCUCUCACUAGUGAACCCUCUCACAUUGUCUUUGGAAAACAAUGAAGAAGCCGUUGCCGACUUUGAUGACCGAUUGAAAAAGGCCACCGCGAAAGCGAGAAUUAUCGAGAAAAUCCUUGGGGAACCAAGUGAUCAUACUCCUCAGAGCUCCCUAGGAGCGAGCAACAUAGAGGAUAUCAGUUCGCUUCAAGUCAGCCUCUCCAACAACAUUCAGUCACGAAACUCACCUUCCGCAGUUUCGUUCUAA